UGCUCCGCCCAGUGGGUUCAGAUGAAAGGGUUCGACCAUAAAUGUGAAACGUGAUGGAAUGUUCUGGGGCCUUGAAGACGCUUAACCACACUCUGGGUUUUUCAUAACACCCAACACCAGAACCAGGCUGUUUUGAGAAAUCGGCCUCCUUGCCCGCCACUGCUGUGGGGUCCUGAAUGCUACUGAACACACAGAACAGCGUCUCUCUCUGUCCGCUUGGGGCUUGUUCGCUUAUCUGAGCGUUUUUAAUAAGAUUGACAGGUAAAUAUGGAGGAUAUCCGUGUAUGUCGCCGGGAUGUUUGCUAAAAGGGCGACGACAGAGUGCCCGGGCAGGGAGACUCCUCAGUGACAGGGACAAAUAAAACCCUUCCAGUCACCUGAGUAUGGGGAGGAGGCAGGUGGUUAUGAGGUCCUAACCCCAAAAUACACCAGUAAAAGUUAACGUUAUUUUGACACUAUUGCUGACUAUGCAGACUGAAAAUUGUUAUGUUUUGUUACAACCAAAAAAAGUAAAAAUUCGACUGGUACUAUAUAAACUCCAGGGCAAAAAAUGUGGGCAAAACCCAAACAUUAAGCUGUGGCCCAUUAUGAAAUGCUAUUGUUUGAUGUGAUAUGUCUGCAAACAUGCCAGCCCAUCUCAAGAUGGCUAAGAAGCUUAGCAGCGUCUCGACCAAGGACGAGAGCUUCCUCCAUCUGGCGCGAGACUCGGCGAACAGCCCCAUGGCCCAGGCCGACUGGGCCGCCCGGAAGCUGGUGUGGGUCCCGUCGGAGCGGCUCGGGUUCGAGGCGGCCAGCGUCAAGGAGGAGCGUGGCGAUGAAGUGCUGGUGGAGCUGGAGGAUGGUGGACAGCAGGUGGCGCUGUGCAAGGAUGACAUCCAGAAGAUGAACCCGCCCAAGUUCAGCAGGGUGGAGGACAUGGCUGAGCUGACGUACCUCAACGAGGCAGCGGUCCUGCACAACCUGAGGGAGAGGUACUUCUCGGGGCUGAUCUACACGUACUCAGGCCUGUUCUGCGUGGUGGUGAAUCCCUACAAGAUGCUGCCCAUCUACUCGGGGCACAUCGUGGAGAUGUACAAGGGGAAGAAGCGGCAUGAGGUGCCUCCUCACAUCUACGCCGUCACCGACAGUGCGUACCGCAACAUGAUGCAAGAACGGCAGGAUCAGUCCGUCCUCUGCACAGGCGAGUCUGGUGCCGGGAAAACCGAGAACACGAAAAAAGUCAUCCAGUAUCUCGCUAUGAUGGCCUCGUCGAGCAAGGGCAGGAGGGAGUCCUCCGCCGGGGAGCUAGAGAAACAACUCUUGGAAGCCAAUCCCAUCCUGGAGGCCUUUGGAAAUGCUAAAACUGUCAAGAAUGACAAUUCCUCCCGAUUCGGCAAAUUCAUCCGCAUCAACUUUGACGUGACAGGAUAUAUAGUUGGAGCCAACAUUGACACCUACCUUCUGGAAAAAUCCCGCUGUAUCCGGCAAUCCGAAACUGAGAGAUCCUUUCACAUCUUCUACUACUUAUUGGCUGGGGCCAAAGAUAGGAUGCGAGAGGAGUUCCUGCUGGAGAACUUCAGCGAUUAUCACUUCCUGAAGGCAGGACACAUACAAAUCCCAGGGCAGCAGGAUGAUGAGCUGUUCACUGAAACUCUAGGAGCCAUGGACAUCAUGGGGUUCACUGAGGAGGAGAAGAUAGGGAUCCUGAAGGUGGUGUCCACUGUCCUGCAGCUGGGAAACAUUGAGUUCAAGAAUGAGAGGAACCAGGAACAGGCCACCAUGCCCGACAAUACAGUGGCCCAGAAGGUGUGUCACCUGCAGGGCAUCAAUGUGACGGAUUUCACACGGGCUAUUCUCACCCCACGCAUCAAAGUGGGCCGAGAACUGGUCCAGAAAACCCAGACUAAAGAACAGGCCGAUUUUUCAGUUGAGGCUUUAGCUAAGGCGAUGUAUGAACGCCUGUUUCUCUGGAUUCUGACUCGUGUCAACAAGACACUGGACAAAACCAAGCGUCAGGGGGCCACCUUCUUGGGAAUCCUGGACAUAGCAGGUUUUGAGAUCUUCAAGGAUAACUCCUUUGAGCAGCUGUGCAUUAACUACACCAAUGAAAAACUGCAGCAGCUCUUCAACCACACCAUGUUCAUUAUGGAGCAGGAGGAGUACAAGAAAGAGGGCAUCGAAUGGAGCUUCAUUGACUUUGGCCUGGACCUACAGCCUUGUAUUGAACUCAUUGAGAAGCCAAGCAACCUGCCAGGCAUCCUAGCCCUACUGGACGAGGAGUGCUUGUUUCCGAAAGCCACAGAUGUUUCCUUCGUGGAGAAGCUCAUGAACACUCAAGGAAACCACUGCAAGUUUGCCAAGCCCAAGCAACUGAAGUCCAAGACGGAGUUCUCCGUGCUUCAUUAUGCUGGCAAGGUAGACUACAAUGCCGCUUCAUGGCUGACUAAAAACAUGGACCCACUCAAUGACAAUGUAACGCAGCUCCUUGCCAUCUCCUCCAGUAAAUUUGUGCAGGAUCUCUGGAAAGACGUGGAUCAUAUUGUAAAACUCGAGCAAAAGGGGCCCGGAUCUUCCAAAACCAAGAAGGGCAUGUUUCGCACUGUGGGCCAGCUCUACAAAGAGUCCCUGACCAAGCUUAUGACCACCCUGCACAACACACAGCCCAACUUUGUCCGCUGCAUCAUACCCAACCACAAGAAGAGGGCAGGGAUUAUAGAUGCCCACCUAGUUCUGGAGCAGCUACGGUGCAAUGGCGUGUUGGAGGGGAUCCGAAUUUGCCGGCAGGGAUUCCCCAAUCGCAUCAUCUUCCAAGAGUUCCGCCAGCGUUAUGAAAUCUUGGCUGCUAGCACUAUUCCCAAGGGCUUCAUGGAUAGCAAGCAGGCAUGUUGCCUUAUGCUGAAGCACCUGGAUAUGGACCUGAACUUGUACCGAAUUGGCCUGAGCAAGAUAUUCUUCCGUACUGGUGUCCUUGCCCAGCUGGAGGAGGAGAGGGACACUAAAGUCACCAUCAUCAUUGUCGCCUUUCAAUCCUUGGCCCGAGGCUCACUGGCCAGAAAGGCUUUUGCUAAGAGGCAACAGCAGAUGACAGCCAUGAAGGUGAUCCAGAGAAACUGUGCUUCCUAUCUUAAGCUGCACAACUGGCAGUGGUGGAAGCUCUUUACUAAGGUAAAGCCACUCUUGCAAGUGACUCGGCAAGAAGAAGAGAUGAUUCAGAAGGAGGAAGAACUCCAAAAGGCAAGAGAUCUAGCACAUAGAACAGAGGCAGAACUGACAGAGAUCACCCUGAAGCACUCACAGCUGCUGGAGGAGAGGAAUCAGCUGCAGGAACAGCUGCAGGUCGAGACAGAGCUGCACAUGGAGGCCGAGGAGAUGAGGGUACGCCUCGCUGCCAGGAAGCAGGAGUUGGAGGAGCUCGUGCAUGAGAUGGAGGCACGGGUAGAAGAGGAGGAAGAGCGGAGUCAGGCCUUAGAGUUGGAGAAAAAGAAGUUGCUGCAGCAGAUCCAGGAGCUGGAGAGGCAACUGGAGGGAGGAGAAGAUGUCCGUCAAAAACUUCACCUGGAGAAGGUCACACUGGAAAGCAAGAUGAAGAAGCAGGAGGAUGACCUCCUGGCUUUGAAGGACCAGACUAAUAAAUUGCUCAAGGAGCGGAAGCUCAUGGAAGAGAGAAUCUCCGACUUUAGCAUCAACCUGACUGAGGAAGAAGAGAAAUCCAAAAACCUUACCAAGCUGAAGGCCAAACUUGAAUCCAUGAUCUCUGAAGUAGAGGUGCGUUUACAAAAGGAGGAGAAAAGUCGACAGAACCUGGAUAAAGCUAAGAGGAAGCUGGAGGCCGACUGCGCUGACCUUCAGGAGCAGAUGGCUGACCUGCAGGCUCAGAUCACAGAACUGAAGGCCCAGCUGGCCAAGAAGGAGCAGGAGCUGGAAGCAAUCGUGGCACGCCUGGACGAGGAGACUCUCCAGAAGAACAACAUGAUGAAGAGGAUCCGCGAACUGGAGGGGAAGCUGUCAGAACUGCAGGAGGACUUGGAGACAGAACGGACCGCUCGCACCAAGGCUGAGAAGGCCAAGCAUGACCUGGGAGAGGAACUGGAGGCUCUGCGCUCGGAGCUGGAGGACACCCUGGACAACACCGCUACACAACAAGACCUCCGGGCAAAACGGGAACAGGAGGUAACUCAGCUCAAGAAAGCCAUGGAAGAAGAAGGCCGAACACAUGAGGCUCAGGUACAAGAGAUGAGGAAGAAGCACAUCCAGGUGAUGGAGGACCUUACCGAGCAGCUGGAGCAGUCUAAACGGGCAAAGGCUACUUUGGACAAGGCGAAGCAGUCAUUGGAGCAGGAGUCCGCAGAGCUAAGUGCAGUCGUCCAAUCACUUACUGAGGCAAAGCAGGAGGCAGAGCAAAAGCGAAAGAAGGUUGAGGGCCAGUUGGCUGAGCUGCAGGCUCACUUCAGUGACAGUGAGAGGAAGAAGGGAGAGCUGGGAGAACAGCUUUCCAAAGUUCUGAUGGACCAAGAAAGCGCAACAAAACUCCUCAAUGAAGCUGAAAGCAAGAAUAUCAAGCUAACCAAAGAGGUUUCCAGCAUGGCAUCCCAGCUCCAGGACACACAGGAACUGCUUGCAGAAGAGACACGGCAGAAGUUGAGUGCCUACACACGGCUGCGUCAGGCUGAGGAGGACUGCAGCGGACUGCAGGAGCAACUCGAAGAGGAGACUGAGGCUAAGAGGAACGCAGAGAGACAGGCAUCUUCUCUCAACGUGCAGCUGUCAGAUGCUAAGAAGAAGAUCGAUGAGUUUGCCAGCAAUGUGGAAGUUCUACAAGAAAGUAAGAAACGGCUGCAACGAGAGCUGGAGGCAGCAACUACUCAGAUUGAAGAGAAGACCUCAGCAUAUGAAAAGGUGGAAAAGACCAAAAACCGUCUGCAGCAGGAGCUGGGGGACCUCAUGGUGGAUUUGGACAACCAGAGACAAGUGGUGUCCAACCUAGAGAAGAAGCAGAAAAAGUUCGACCAGGUGCUUGCUGACGAGAAGAGCAUCUCCAGCAAACAUGCAGAGGAGCGUGACCAUGCUGAGGCAGAGGCCAGGAAUAAGGAAAGCAAGGUGCUGUCACUGACUCAGGCCCUGGAGGAAUCUCGAGACACUCAGGAGGAGCUGGAGAGGACAAACAAGGCACUGCGUUCAGAGCUGGAGACGCUGAUCAGCUCUAAGGAUGACGUAGGAAAGAAUCUACAUGACCUUGAGAAAUCAAAAUGCAACCUGGAGGCUUUGGUGCAAGAGAUGAAGACUCAGGUGGAGGAGCUAGAGGAUGAGCUGCAGGCAGCCGAAGAUGCCAAACUUAGGCUGCAGGUCAACAUGCAGGCCAUGAAGGCUCAGUUCCAGCGUGACUUACAGGGCAAGGAUGAAAUGGGAGAGGAGAAGAGGAAGCAGCUGGCCAAACAGGUACGUGAGCUGGAGACAGAACUGGAUGAUGAGCGCAAGCAGAGAGCCUUAGCGUCUGCUGCAAAAAAGAAGCUGGAGGGAGAUCUGAAGGACAUGGAGGCCCAAACCGAGAUGUCCAACAAAAGCCGAGAUGAAGCCACCAAACAGUUGCGAAAGAUCCAGACCCAGAUGAAGGACAUCCAGAGGGAGCUGGAAGACACCCAGACUGGUCAGGAAGAAUUCCUGGCCACUGCUAAGGAAUCUGAGAGGAAGGCCAAGGACAUGGAAGCCAGCAUGAUGCAGAUGCAGGAGGAGCUGGCAAGAGCAGAAAAAGCUCGUAAGCAGGUUGAGACUGUCAGGGAUGAGCUCUCAGCGGAACUGGCCAGAAGCUCUUCUGAAAAGUCUGUGCUGUCUGAUGAAAAGAGGCAUCUGGAAACAAUGAUCGCUGAGUUAGAGGACGAGUUGGAGGAAGAACAAGCCAACAUAGAGACCUUGAAUGACAAGCUAAGGAAAAGCAUGCAGCAAACAGAGCAGCUGAACAAUGAGCUUCAGGAAGCGCGUGCCGCCAUGCAGAGGAACAAGAGCACGCAACAGACGCUGGAAAGGCACAACAAAGAACUGAAGGCCAAGCUGGAGGACAUGGAGAGCCAGUCCAAAUCCAAGGUCAAGAGCUCCGUUAGUGCCCUUGAAGCCAGGGUUCAAGAGCUAGAGGAUCAGCUGGAGCAGGAGAACAGGGAGAAGCAAGCCACAGCCAAGAUAAUGCGUCAGAAGGAUAAGAAGCUGAAAGACCUACUUCUCCAGACUGAGGACGAGCGCAAGCAAGCAGAACAGCAUAAAGACCAGGCGGACAAAGCCACGGCUCGGGUGAGGCAGCUCAAGCAGCAGUUGGAGGAUGUGGAGGAGGAGUCCCAGCGUGGCGCCACUGUGCGCAGGAAACUGCAGAGGGAGCUAGACGAGGCCACGGAAGCCAACGACACCAUGAACCGGGAAGUCAACACCCUGAAGAGCAGACUCAGGCAGGGGAACGAAGCUUCCUUCGGCUCUUUUCGGCGCUCUGGGUCCAGGAGGGUGGGUGGUGGUGCUGGCAAGGCUGUUCUAGAAGAGCAGGACACCAAGGCAGGCGAGAAGUGAGGACCAUCCACGCAUCCUACAGCAGCCAGACCUUCGCUUCCUGUGGCUCCGAAACAGAUACCGGCUCUUUCCCUUCCAGUCCUCUUUAAGUCUUAAUAGAUUCUUCUCAUUGGAUGUUUUAGCUGUUCUCUUCUAAACUGCUACAAUCCCUUCAUUGUUUGUAUUACCGCCUCCCCCACAUAUAAUCUACUAAGCCCUGAAAUGCAUUAACGUUCAAGAUGCA